AUGAUUGACAUGUAAGCAGCGGAGACAGGAGGGAGAAUGAGAACAAAGGGGCACUCUUCUGUUGCCCCAGGCAAGGAAUGGACCGCGACGCCCACAAAGGUUGCACGGAAGUUGGAGAAGGAAACCAAGAGCCUGCCAAUUUCCCAUAUAUUGCCUCCAUCCACCCGUCUUAAAAAAACCCAAAAAACUUUUAUUGCACCCAGAGACACUCCCCUGCACUACAUUUCCCAUCAUGCCAUCACAAUAGAGAGAAAGAGAACGCUCCCCUCGUUUUCUCCCCCUCCCCGCUGCGCGGCACGUGCCGCCUUUCUCAGCCAAUAGGGGGCGUGGCCGAUGCAGGUCACGUGCCUUUGUUUGCCGCUUUUGUGGGGAGCGCUGGGCGGUUAGGAGCUGAGUCUGUGUGUAGCCGCCGCAGUGACAGGAGCAGGUGGGUUGCCUAAGAAGCUGGUUUGAAUCCGAGGCGGGGCCGGCGAUAACGAGCGGUUGGUUCUUCACUGCGAGGGGCAAAUGGGGCUUCGUUUAGUAGGGCGGCAGCGGAGUGCGUUGUUGGGGAAGAGGGGCGAAGGGGGGUUCUCGGGCGGGGUCUCUGAAAAAUCCGCUUUUGUCUCAGACGGCUCCGUUGCUUUGUCACCUGAGUGGGCUGCUGCUGCUUUUUAAGCGAGUGGGUGGUGACCAGCGGGUAGGAGCGGGGGACAAAGGCCCGCGAGUGAGGAAGGCAGAAGGGGCGCGUGCUCUCCUCGCGGAAGCUAUUGUUCGCUCGCGCCCCCACCCCAGUUCCUGAACGGACUGGCGGCGCCCGCUCCCUUUCCCCGUCCUCUGGUUUUCUUCUUGACAGGAGUAGCCCGUCUAUUGUUGGAGGGAAAGGGGCGGUGCCGCUGUUGCUGUCGAAGCUGCCGCCACCUUGUCGCGCCCGCCGACGGGGAUUAAAGGGAGGGGGCAGCAGGCGCGUUCCUCAAGCGGCGUGAGGGGCUGAAAUGUGACACAGGAAAAAGGUGGGAGGGGGCGGGAAAGAGAAGAGACCCCGCGUGCAGCGGGAGGAAAGCGAGAAGAAGCCCCGAGCCCAAAUAGACGGAGAGGAAAGCGGCCCGCGCGCUCGCGGCUGAGGCGGGUUUUUUUUGUGUGCGACGCCGUCUCGCUCGGGAUUGUUUUGGCGCGCCGAAGAGGGGAGGGUGGAGGAACGCGCGAGCCGCAGGUGCCCGGAUGUUACCGUUAUAGCUCAGAUUCUUCCCUCCCUCCCCCUCAAUUUUUUUAUUUUUUUUUGCUAAGGGUGGAAGCGCGCGCGCGCGCUCUCGGGCUGUUUGAAUUCGGUGCGGUUCUAGAAUGGCGCGUGGGGUGGGCGGGGCUUCGAGGCAGGCGUCGCUCUUCAUUUUCUCUCCCCCUCCCCCAUCUUUUCCCCCUUCCACUAUCUUGCAUUAUCUCUGAUCCUUGUUGGCUGUGAGUAUUUUCUCCUGGUCCCGCCCCAUAGUAUGUAGUAGAAAGCCAGUGAGGGCUUUUUUCGAAACCACCCACCCCUGCUUUCAGAUCUUGGGCGUUGUUGCUAGCCUUUGGUUUUUCAGCCUGAUCGCAGAAGAGGUGCCCCUUAAGAACCCCAGCUUUUUGCUAUUGUGCGUGUUUUAUUUCUUCUCCUCCUCCCCGCAAAAGAGCUUUGUUUGCCUGGGAAUACAAACAUACAUAUGGGUGCCAUUGUGCUACAUUUAAUUAGGUAUUAUCUCAAGAGGUAAGGGGCGGAAGAGAAGAGGUUAGGGCAAGGCUCGGAUUUAUUUAAUGUAUGCUGCCUUGCUUUGUUAAUACUGGGUUUAGCACAAACGGUUCUAGAUCUCGAUUAUAGUGAGCUACCCUUUGUGUCUCGAGGUAGCAAGAACAAUGGCGCAUACCAAUCCUAGGCUAGCAGAUAAAAAGGAAAUAUGUCAUCCUUCUGAGGCUCCUGAGGGAGGGUUUUAGUGAAUCUAGUAGCAUAUAUGUAAGGCUUUGAUUGCUUUUAAUCAAUGUUGAAGGGACAGAUGGAGCACAUCUGCCCAGUGGAUUAGUAUUCGUUGCUGGAAAUAAAUUUCAAACCAUAGUGUCUUACUUUUAGGUACCCUUGGAUAUAGCUGGAGGAGGGGGAGGCAAUACAAUUCUCAGAUGCUGUUAUCAAACUUCUUGGUGCCCAAGCAGCCUGCACUCUAGCAAUCUAUCUAGCCUUAGGUGCCUUCAUUUGACUAGCUGGUAGGAAAAUCUGAUGUACCUUCUUACAAAAUACUUGCACUUCUGGUUGCCCACUAGCUACUUAAGAGCUUGGGGCACAGAAUUGUUAAUCCCAGGCAUAAAUAACAGGAUGUUUGAAAUGGACACAUGUAAUUUGAAAACUAUUCAUAUUCACCUAUCUUGAGACACAGGACCAGCCCCUGUUUUAUUGUGUAUAUCGGUAAUGCAGUGUAAGACUGGUCUGCUUCACUCCAGUAAAGCACCAAGAUUGUGUUGUAGCAUAUUGAUUAAUUUCUUUUAAUACAGUUUUGAAUAAUAUGAGUUAACAGUGGUGGAUCCUUAGUGUUGGGGGUGGGGCUGAUCUGAGGACAUAACUUAAUUCAGAGUACAUCAUUCUAGAUAUUUACUAUGUAUAGCAGAUUUUUUUCCAGAUGUGUUGUUUUGCAUGUCAUCCAAACCUAAAUAAGGACUAGAAACUGGUAGAAGGAAAACACUGAAUAGAGAAGUUCAAGUCCUAACACUUAUGUAAUGAUACUAUCUAUCUAAUGUUUCCAUCUUCUUAGUGCUCACCUUUUGGAGUUCCUGCAGCAAAUUAUUUUGGAAUCUACUUCAGCCAUGGCGUCUUCUGGUAAGUGCUACUUUAUCUACUAAUACUUGUGUUAGAAUCAUGGGACCCUGAGGAUCAUCUAGUCCAACCCCCUGCAAUGAAGGAAUAUACAGCUGUCCCAUACAGGGGUCAAACCUGCAACCUUACCAUUAUCAGCACCAUGCUCUACCAACUGAGCUAUCCAGAUAUACGUAAUGAUGUCUCAAGAUACAUUUUUAAUAAAUUAAAAGCAUUCUAAGUUACUUAAUACUUAAACAUCAGUAAAAUGUAUAUUAAAAUGCAUUAUAAUUUUUUCAAUCGCAUCAGCAUUAACCUGCCAGUGUUAGUUAUAUUACACAUACUGAAAAGCACAGAUGACGUCUAGGCUUGAAUGAUAGUGUUCUUGUCAGGUGCGAUAUAACUAAGGUUCAUACCUACAUCCUGUGACAACUAUUAAAAUGUCUAUAACUGUCCUCAAAUGGUGUUUUUAUUGUAGUUUGACUAUGUGUGAAACUAAAUUUUGCUGUAGGUGCCCAAAUAUUGAUGGUAGAAUAACUGUACAGGUCUUAAGUGUGAAUAUUUAGCAAAUGCCUGUAUUAAAACAUAAGGCACUUUUAAACUUGAUUUGUUGUUUUCAAGGAAACAGGGAUUGUGCCUUUGUGGAGGUACUUUGUAUUCCAUUAUACGCCCCCAGGGACCUCAAACAACACUUAAUGAUGCGGAGGGAAGUGGGAGCCUCAAUUAACUAGUCAAACAGGUUAUAAAGUUUGUACUGCAAAUGCAGACUUGAAAUUUGAUUUGCUUCCUUGAGCUUGAGGGCACUUUUAAGCAGAAGUGUGUAUUAGCAUGAUGUGGCUCAAGGAUGCUAACUAUUACUUACAAUGUCUCUUCUAGACAUUCAGGUGAAAGAACUAGAAAAACGUGCUUCUGGACAGGCAUUUGAAUUGAUACUUGGCCCUCCUUCAAAAGAAGCUGUUCCAGAGUUUCCCCUCUCUCCUCCAAAGAAAAAAGAUCUCUCACUGGAAGAAAUUCAAAGGAAGCUAGAAGCAGCAGAAGAAAGGCGCAAGGUAAACAUUAUUUUUCUAGUUCUAAAUACUACACUACAUUGUGCACAAGUGUAUACUUGAAAUGGUAGCCAGUUUAUAGAAUUUACCAUUAGGAAUGCCGUAGCCCAUGAAAAAUGCCUCAAACUGGAUGUUACAGCACCUUAAUAGUUAUAAUAAAUUGAGGAUUAGAUAAAGAUUAAUAGUUCAAAUAGAAUUGCUGCAGUUCUGUUUGAAUUUAAGUAUACUGGAAGUGGAGAAAGAGAUUCCAAGACAAAUAGGGGAGACACACUUGUCUAUUCCAUGUCUGCCCUGAUUUGGAACUAGCUUAGCUGCUAGUAGACUGAGGCCACUAUCAAUGACUCAGAUGAUACUUAACACAGCCCAACAACUGUAAUUGCAUACAGACCACUCUCAACUAAACAUGGAAUGGAUCUAUAUUCUAGUCCCAUGAAGCUGAAGUGUUGAAGCAGCUAGCUGAAAAACGAGAGCACGAGAAAGAGGUGCUGCAGAAGGCAAUUGAAGAAAAUAACAACUUCAGCAAAAUGGCAGAGGAAAAGUUGACCCACAAAAUGGAAGCUAUCAAAGAGAACAGAGAAGCACAAAUGGCUGCUAAACUGGAGCGCUUGAGAGAGAAAGUAAGUCUGGUAUUUAAGAUUCUCUAUAAAAUAAUGGAAUAUGAACUUGGACCACCAGUGACAUUUACAAACUAGGAACAGUAGACCUUGGUUGAAAAAAUAAAAAUUAACACCUAACUGCUCAGAAUUUGUACAUAAUGAUUUAAUUUUGAAGGGAAUGAACUAUUGGAAUCACAGGACUUCCUAAGUAGCAAUAAGGUAAGACCAAGUCAACAAAUAGACAGUUAAUACAUACAGGUUUCUACUGAUAACCACUUCCCUAACAUUUGACUAAAACAAAAUAGCUGUAGUUAGUUCUUUGUUUUGUCCCUGUGUUAAAUACUGUGUUGAAUAGGUAUUUAGAGUUUAAAGAAUGCUUUUGAUAAAUGAGAACUGCACAGAGCUGGAGGUACUUAAAAACUGGAUGGGUGGAUUUUUUUUGGCUGCAUGAAGCUUAAAUGUUAACCUGUUGGGAUGAAAACCAUGCUUCUCAAGUCAUUAAACUAUAGGGUGCCAAUCUGCUUGAGUGCAUCACUGUGUAAAACCCCAGGAUAUGCUCUGCAGAAACUGCAAAUUGUAAGUUUUAUUUUAGUCCAGACUUUGCAUUGUGUUUAUAGAAACAAAACAGUUUUGGUAGCAGUAAAACCUCUGAAGAACCAGGUUCUAUCUCACUAUCUUAACUCUUGCUUUACCAGGACAAGCAUAUUGAAGAAGUACGGAAGAACAAAGAAGGGGGGAAAGAAUCUGGUGACAACGAAAGCGACUGACUUCAUCCUGGAAACUGACUUUCUCCCCUUUGUCUAAAUAUCCAAAGACUGUAUUGGCCAGUGUUUUUGUUAAGUUUCUAGAAAACUGAUGUAGAGCUGUAUAGUUAGAUCCAACUGUACACAUGCUUUGGGGAGCUAGAGGGGAGCCCUUUUCAUGUUCACUCUUUUUCUAAAAUGUUGUCUUUCCAGUGUAGCUAUCUUGUUGCAUUUCUUCUAUUCCAGUGCAUUUGUUCCUGGAUUGAUGGCUAGUGCUGUAUUCAGCUCUGACAUAUUUGUGAAAGAAAUAUGUAGUGUAAUGCUCAUGCUGAAUCUGUUACACUUCAGAAUCUGUCGGUUUUAAACAUAUUACUGUAACCAAGUGACUUAAUAAAAGCUGCACAGUGCUGUUAUCACAGGUGACUGUUUCUGAGACUAGCAUGACUAAAUAUGUAACUUGGGCAUAGCUAUGGCUAGAACAUUUUGAUGCAAUAAAGAACAAAAAAUGCUUGCAAGCAAUAUAUCCAAUGGCUAGUGAUGUUUCACAGUAGCCAGCUUCCUUAGUUGUUGCCUAUUGUCCCAGUUUCACAAUAAGAGCUUUGUCUUGCACCUCAGCAGUUGUCAGCUGGUGGUUUGUUAAACAAUUAAGAACCAUCUCCCUCCCUGGAUAGGCUUGCACUUUGUAACAAAUAACUUCUUGUUAACGUGACUGUGACCUGACUUCUAAAGCAUUUGCCUGUUAGUUUUUAAGUUUCAUUUAAAAUUUUGGGGUGUCCAUACAACCCUCAAGCUCCAAAGUCGCCAUUUUUGCAAACUGCUCUAGGUUCAAUUAUAGUGCUUGGGAUAAGAGAAAGCUUAGGUGGUGCUGGAUAUUAAAGAGACUUUAUUGUUGAAACAUACUGACUUCAUACUUUUAAAAGGGAACUUGUGGAUCUUGUAAAAUGAUUGCAUUGUAGAGCCUUAAAUUGGUUUUGGGAGUUGGGUGUGGGGAAUGAUAGCAAAACAAUGAUCUGAAAGAUAGUGUCUGCCAAAUAGUGCUUGUUUUGUAUCUUAGUGUUGUAAAAUGUAUUUGCCAGUUGGAGCAACUCCCCCAUGUGGCAAAAAAUGUAACUACAUAGUCCCAGUAUGGAAUUCAAUAUUCCAUUCUGAAGUAUGGGCUUGUAAUAAAUAUUUAACAUUUCAGUGCACAAACAACUACUGCAGGCACAAUACUUAAUUCAGAAAAUAAAUUACAAAUACUUUAAAGAAUAGAUGGCUUUUCUUCACUUGCAGUACGGAGAACGCCCAACCUAGCUAGUACUGUGUUCAUAACCAACCUACUUUGAUGAGAGCCACUUAACAGAUCUUUUCUCCCCCCCCCCAAAGCUUCUGGAAUGUUUCAUAAGUAGUGUGACUGGUACCAGGUUAUUCAAGCUGUAUUUUAAUGGCAUAAAUGCGAAAUUGCUUCGUGUCCAUGUCUCUGUACAGAUGUGUGCUUGGUCAACUUGCUCAUUACAUCAACAUACAAACAUUACUCUGUAACCUAUUAGAUUUAGUCAGCCAUCAAUAAAUAGACAUAACUAAA